AAAUUUCAAGUCUGAUACUCUUCCUAGCUGAGAGUAAUAUUCGUGGGGUAUCGGGUUUCGGCUGACCCGUCCGGUGCAAAUAAAUUCCGGCGAAAACUCCCGGGGUUAUUGCUCUUAGCAGCUUUGUUCCUUGUUGUCGUUUUCAUCGUCAUGUCAGUAGAGAUCAAACUUUCGCGAUCCAACCGCAUUUAUCGGCCUAAUGAACUAGUGGAAGGCAAAAUCGUAACGAAGCUCUCUUCUUCCAUUUCCCAUCAAGGCAUUCGACUCAAUGUCAACGCUUCAGUCAACUUGCAGGUUCGAGGAGGAUCAGCUGGUGUUAUUGAAUCUUUUUAUGGUGUUAUCAAGCCUAUAACAAUUCUGAAUAAGACUGUUGAGGUCCUAAAAUCUGGUAGGAUCAGCUCAGGUACUACAGAGAUCCCAUUUUCCUUCUGGUUGAAAGAUCCAGGAGAAAAACCUUUGGAAAAAUUUUACGAAACAUAUCAUGGUGGGGAUAUUAGCAUUCAGUAUCUGGCAUCUGUAGACAUUUCAAGAGGAUACUUACACAAGUCUCUAUCUGCCACAGUGGAGUUCAUAAUUGAAAGCGAAAAGGAGAAUCUUCCAGAGAAACCCAUUUCUCCUGAAAUGGUCAUCUUUUAUAUGACCCAGGACACACAGAGGCAUUCACUACUUCCAGAGCUAAAAUCAGGGGGAUUUAGGGUAAGCGGUAAAGUGUGCACUCUAUGUUCUCUGUCGGAUCCUAUUGAAGGGGAGCUCACUAUUGAAUCAUCUGCUGUUCCUAUCCAAUCCAUUGAGAUUCACUUGCUCCGACUGGAGUCAAUUUUGGUUGGAGAAAAGAUAGCAACUGAAUCCUCUCUGAUACAGACAACUCAGAUAGCAGAUGGAGAUGUAUGUCGAGGCAUGACUCUCCCAAUCUACAUUAUUCUUCCCCGUCUUUUGACUUGUCCGUCAAUUUUUGCUGGUCCCUUUUCCAUAGAGUUCAAAGUCACCCUCGUAAUAACCUUUCAGUCUGAGCAAUCGAAGGUGCAUUCGAAAUCCAAUUUCAAAACUCUUAAAUCAUGGCAUGCAGCGGAAAGUAUUCCCCUUGAACUAAUUCGGACGAAGUGAGAUGCUUUAGUCAGGGAUACUGAAGUCAUUGCAUAUGUCAAGGGGCGAAGACCCACUUACUGAUACUGGAUUUGGCACCUUGAGGAUAGACCUCUUAUGUGAAUCUUUCACCUGAAAGAUGACUAUCAUCAAGUUCAUUUGGUCGACCUUAUGGCCGUGAAACAAUAUUCUUGUUCUACAUGUGGAAAUUUUCCAUGAGAUGAUGCAAAGGAUAAUUGCACAUCUAGAUGGAUAAGUAAGGUGCGGAAGUGUAGAUUAUGGGGUGUGAAGAUGAGUUUGUUUUUCAGUAAGAACUCUAGCGACUAGCUGUUUUGACUCUUACACUGUAGAAAAGAUUGUACAUUCAAGCGCAAGUUUGCCAAACUGGUCUCAUGCAAGAGGCGGAAAAUCUGUCUUACAUGUCAAAAAACUAUCUGUUAUGUGUGUCUUCCAUGUUAGUAUAAAAGUAACUGUGGAUCUUCAUCUAAGGUAUGAUAAUCAUAAGAUAAUCCGUUACUGUUUCCUCUUCGAGCUAA